CCUCGACAUGGGCGAGCACCCCAGCCCGGGUCCCGCAGUGGCCGCCUGCGCCGAGGCGGAGCGCAUCGAGGAGCUGGAGCCCGAGGCCGAGGAGCGGCCGCCGCCGGCGCCGGAGGACUUUGACCCUGGGAACACGGGCUACAUCAGCACAGGCAAGUUCCGGAGCCUCCUGGAGAGCCACAGCUCCAAGUUGGAUCCCCACAAAAGGGAGGUGCUUCUGGCUCUGGCCGACAGCCAUGCAGAUGGGCAGAUCUGCUACCAGGACUUUGUCAACCUGAUGAGCAACAAGCGAUCCAACAGCUUCCGCCAGGCCAUCCUGCAGGGGAACCGCAGGCUCUGCAGCAAGGCGCUGCUGGAGGAGAAGGGGCUAAACCUCUCCCAGCGGCUGAUCCGCCACGUGGCCUAUGAAACCCUGCCGCGGGAGAUUGACCGCAAGUGGUACUACGACAGUUACACCUGCUGCCCCCCGCCCUGGUUCAUGAUCACAGUCACACUACUAGAGGUUGCCUUUUUCCUCUACAAUGGGGUGUCACUGGAUCAAUUUGUGCUGCAGGUAACCCACCCACGGUACCUGAAGAAUUCAUUGGUGUACCACCCACAGCUCCGAGCCCAGGCAUGGCGCUACCUGACAUACAUCUUCAUGCAUGCAGGGAUAGAACACCUGGGACUCAACGUGGUGCUGCAGCUCCUGGUGGGGGUGCCCCUGGAGAUGGUGCAUGGAGCAACCCGCAUUGGGCUGGUGUACGUGGCCGGUGUUGUAGCAGGGUCCCUGGCAGUGUCCGUGGCUGACAUGACUGCGCCGGUCGUGGGCUCCUCUGGAGGGGUCUAUGCACUCGUCUCUGCCCAUCUGGCCAACAUUGUGAUGAACUGGUCAGGCAUGAAGUGCCAGUUCAAGCUGCUGCGGAUGGCUGUGGCCUUGAUCUGUAUGAGCAUGGAGUUUGGGCGGGCCGUGUGGCUCCGGUUCCACCCGUCGGCCUAUCCCCCGUGCCCUCACCCAAGCUUUGUGGCGCACUUGGGUGGAGUGGCUGUGGGCAUCACCCUGGGCGUGGUAGUCCUGAGGAACUACGAGCAGAGGCUGCAGGACCAAUCGCUGUGGUGGAUUUUUGUGGCCAUGUACACCAUCUUUGUGCUAUUCGCCAUCUUCUGGAACAUCUUUGCCUACACCCUGCUGGACUUAAAGCUGCCACCACCCCCCUAAGAAGCUGGAGGAUCCAAGGAGGGGAGGGAGGAGCAGCAUCAGAAAGGUGCAUCUGUGUUCUUUAUCACAUCACCAGCUCAGUGAGGCCGGAAGGAAAGGACAGGAGGUGCUGGGCAGCUGUGAUGUUU